GUGGUGGUAACAGAUCUUCUGCUCGACAACAGAAGUCUUGAGACUUUCUAUGGCUGACAAGAGGCAGCAGAUGGUACCUAGAAAGUAUGUGAGCAAUUGCAUUUAUUUACUACCUAAGAAAGGAAGCAUGCAUCUCAUAUCCAGCCACAUCAGCUCAUCUCUGCACUGCAGCAAUCUCUGAGGCUUAGUUCUCCAGGGUUUUGUGAAACCUGUAGUAAGCAUGGCACAGGUGGGAUGAGGACAGAAAGUGACUUUGGGGCGAGGGCACCCCAGCUGUGGAAUAUCUCUCUUCCCCAAAGGAUAAAGACAUCUCAGCAUUAGAUGAAGACGUUUUUGGCUUUUUGACCUCCUAGCCUCCUCCUUUUCCUGCUCUGUGAUGUUCUGGACUUAUGUAAAAAUGUUGUGUUUGUUAGAAAAAUGAAGAGUGGCAGGUGGGAAUGUUUAAAUACUUCCAGAAACAUUUUGCCCAUCGUUUGACAGAACACAAGAGACGGCGGUCACGGCUUGUGUCAAAAGAUGGAAGGUGCAACAUAGAGUUUGGGAAUGUAGAAGAACAGACAAGGUUUGUUUUCUUGGUUGAUAUCUGGACCACUAUCCUGGACCUCCGGUGGAGAUACAAAAUGACCAUCUUCAUCUCUGCAUUCUUAGGGAGCUGGUUUUUCUUUGGCCUCCUUUGGUAUGUCGUGGCAUAUGUACACAAUGAUCUGCCAGAAUUCAGACCUUCAGUGAAUCACACCCCCUGUGUAGACAAUAUCAAUGGCUUGACUUCUGCAUUCUUGUUCUCCUUGGAGACCCAGGUUACAAUUGGCUAUGGGUUCAGGUGUGUUACUGAACAAUGUGCCACUGCAAUUUUCCUAUUGAUUUUCCAAUCCAUCCUAGGAGUUAUCAUAAAUUCCUUUAUGUGUGGGGCUAUUUUGGCCAAGAUCUCAAGGCCCAAAAAGAGGGCGAAAACCAUAACGUUCAGCAAGAAUGCUGUCAUCAGCAAGCGGGGUGGGAAAUUGUGUCUUCUCAUCCGGGUGGCCAACCUCAGAAAAAGUCUUUUGAUUGGGAGUCACAUCUAUGGAAAACUCUUGAAAACCACCAUCACGCCUGAAGGAGAGACAAUAAUCCUGGAUCAAGUCAACACAGACUUUGUUGUAGAUGCUGGCAAUGAGAACCUGUUUUUCAUCUCCCCCUUGACAAUUUACCAUGUAAUUGACAAGCACAGCCCCUUCUUUCACAUGACAGCAGACACCAUCCAUCAGCAUGACUUUGAGUUGGUGGUCUUUCUAGAUGGGACAGUGGAAUCUACCAGUGCAACUUGCCAAGUUAGGACAUCUUAUAUUGCUGAAGAGGUGCUGUGGGGCUACCGUUUUGCUCCUAUCGUCUCCAAGACCAAAGAAGGGAAGUACAGAGUGGACUUUCACAACUUCAGCAAACCUCUGCCAGUGGAAACCCCACACUGUGCCUUUUGCCUCUACAAUGAGAAAGAUGCUAAAGCCAAAGCGAAGAUGGGAUAUGACAAUCCUGGCUUUGUGUUUCAAGAAAUUAGUGAAACUAGUGACACAAAAAUGUAACACUGGGCAUUCUUACUUUUUGAUAUAAUGGAUGCCAAAAGCCUUUAUUAUAGUAUGAAUUUCUGCACAAAAGAAUUUUAAAAAUGAACAGGAUGGUUUGGAUGCUAAAGUAGUCUUAAUCUAAACAGAGUAGUCUAUAUAACAUGCAGUUUUCCUGGAUGCUGGACAUCAUGUUAUAUUCACAGACUUUAUAUGCAUAUAUUUUUACAUUUGUGGGAUUUUAGUUAAAUUUAUAGAAUGGCAACAUCCAAUAUAUUACAUAAUUUUCAGUCAGAUGUAUAGGUUUGAUCAUUUUGUAUUUUGAAAAUAUUCUUAUCACCUGGGUAAUGGGAAAAAGUGAAUUCAGUGUUGAAAGUGAUUAAAGAU